AUGUCUCGCAAGGCACAAGAGAAUCGCUCAGAAUGGAAGACACCUUCCAUCUAUGCUUUCUCCGGCGAUUAUGGGCCCUUUAAAAUUCGCCGUAAUGAACCCAUCGAUAAUGCCUUGGUUUACUUCAUGAAGGAUGGCAUCACUGCUGUGUCCUCUGCCAAAGCAGGAUCCACAGCUGCAAGAACACAACGACAGCACCCCAUGUUGGAAAUGGCAGCCGUCGCUCAACAAUUGCUGCUCAAGCCAGGGGACUGUUCUACACAAGAGUAUUUAUUCUCGGCCAUUUUGGUGAUUCAUGUAUCAGGAAUGAUGGUCGAUACAGACGAGUUUGCAAAGGCCAUGGCGCGGGAGGUGACUGAGCGUGAGCUUUGCAAAUCCUUUGGCAAACCAUUGCUACGGCUGCUAAAGCGUUUAAUGUUACGCAAUGUGACACUGGCAGCAUCCCACGAUCUUUGUCCAUUGGCAUACAAACUCUUUCAAGCUCUAUUGGCGCAAUCGAGUAGUGCUACAGCAGAGUUGGCACCUCAGCUUUGGCUCUUGUAUCCAUACUUGCCCGCCAAAUUCAUCAAUGCACAGAUGGUGGAGGGAGCGCAAACCAAUACCGGUAGAACCAUGCCAAAAAACAGAAAAUCGCACAAAUCAGAGCUUCAUUUGAUAUUCCAAAGUGAAGUAGCCCGUGACAAACGCCUUGACAUGUUGCGACAUGUAUGUUCGGUGGGAACUUGUCGUGUCAUGGACUCUGUUCCUCCGUUGCAACUCUUGUUGGCCGCCUUUGACAAAAAUCACAUUGCAAAUAAUGACAAGAAUGCGCUAGCACCCUACAACGUCGAUUAUUGCAAUGGCAUAGGCAAAUCGUUAUUCUUGUCGACAGUAAAAGUCGAAAUGAACAGGUUUACAAAACAGUACGAACGUGAUUGUGAAGAGGUCACUGCGGACCUGACAGUCGCCGUUGAAAUGAAACCCGAGCCGAGUGACUCUGUUCUGCCUGCAACCGCAGAGGACUGGUCCAGAUGUGAACGACAGGUUGGUGCCUUGGUCUUGCGUGGCAAUCGCUGUGUCUUGGUCCGUUCCAUGACUGCCAAGUGGCACGGCAUGAGACUUCCCAGCGUAGCACCCCGGCCUGGCGAGGGUGAUAAGGAGGCUGUGGUCAGGGCUGUUGUGGAAUUGCUAGAAGUGGAUGCCGAUAAAAUACGCAGUUUGCCGAUGAUUCCUCCGGUUUCCAUCUAUGGACCCAAUGGUCAACCCACGAUACUAUCCCUGUAUCCUCUUUAUGCCGUUCAACCACCACCUGACGGACCUCUCGAGGAAGCAGACAUGGAAGAUGAUGAAUCACCCUACGACUGGUAUACCUUCGAACGCGCAGCGACACGAAUAGAUGCUGCGUCGAUUGCUGGACUACAAACAAUGGCCAGUGCCCUGGUAGCCGCUGCCAAUGUCGGCAUUCUACCCUGUCAGUGGGGUGGUGUCUUUGGUCAAGAAAUGGGUAUGAUGUGUUCUACCAGCAGCGUGGCGGGCCAGCAAUUAACCGUUGCGCCCGAAAAGUGGACUCCUUCACGUCAGGGUGAUGUCUUGCAGGAGGUUCGCCGGGCCAACUCGGCUUUGAUGGAGCGGCGGUUGUCGAACCAGCAUAAAAACGGAACUGCUGUUCAACAGACAUCAGACUUCCGUUUGCCCGUUACCAUUUUGUCUGGCUUUCUUGGUUCCGGCAAGACAACUCUAUUGACUCACAUUUUGUCCAAUUAUGAAGGCUUGAAGGUUGCCAUUCUAGUAAAUGAUAUGGGAGAAAUCAACAUUGACGCGUCUUUGGUCAAGAAGCAAACUUCUGUUUCUAUUCAUCAAGCUGAAGAACACAUGGUGGAGUUAUCAAAUGGUUGCAUUUGCUGCACUCUACGAGAGGAUUUGCUUGCCGAAGUUUCAAAAAUUGCACAAGCUGGAACCUAUGACUACUUGCUGAUAGAAUCGACAGGUGUAUCGGAGCCAAUGCCAGUUGCAGAAACCUUCACCUUUGAAGAUACUACAGGAUUGAGGUUAGGAUCAUAG